AUGGUACCACCUUUAUUUGUCACACAAAUUCCUAUCACCACAAAAGAGCUUCACAUGUUUUAUCAAAUUGAUCGUGAGCUAUUUUGUUUUUUGAUCUUCAAACUUCACUAUGAAGUAACUCAAUCUAUUUUAGUCAUGGCACUAUGGCUUUGGCUUGAAAAAAUUGGGUGCCACAACCUUAUCCAUAAAGUAGCAUCUCUCCAAGGUACCCUUAUCAAUGCCCUAGUUAUUGAAGCUCUGACUUGCUUGCAAUUUUUGGAGAGGGAUGACCUUCCUAUCCCUAAUGGAGGUGGUUUGCCCUUGAGCGAAAUGCUCAUGAAUAAGAACAUCUCUCUUGAAAUGUUUAUCUCGAGAAGGUAUACAAUAAUAAUUGGCAUUAAAACCGUUCUAAACGAGACAUGUGUUCGAGUUUUUAACGAUGUUUUACAGAUAGCUUUGAAAAGGAAAUACAUAAUCGAAACACGAGGUAGUACCACAUCACAAACCCACACAUUCAACACGCCUUUGAUUCUUCCAGGUUUUCCUCACCCUUUAUUUGGCAGCUUUGAUUUGUUACCAAGAAUCGAGAACCUCAAUUUGUCUGAUAGAAGCAUGUGGAUUCAAAAGAAAUCCUAUGAUGAUGCUACAAAUGAUGAUAAAUCCUUGUUUCUCACAUUUUCUAGAGGCUUCCCCGUAUCAGAUAUAGAGGUGAGGUGCUUGUUCACAACUGAUUAUGGGGAUUGUGUGCAGCGUUUGAUCAUGGGAGGAAAUCAUGUCAAGAAUGAUCAACCUCUGUUUGCAAUUAUGGUUUUGAAAAAGAUGGAAAAUGUGGAUCAAAUUCUAUCUGGAAAACGUGUUGCCAAGCUUCAAAUCAAUGGAAAACACAUAUGGGCUCGAAAGUACGAGCCUCGCGUAUGA